UUCCCCCUUUGUUUUGGCCGCAGCAAACAACAAUCCACAUUCCACAUCCACCAAGAGGUACAAACCCAACCCUCGUCCUCGGUCCUGCACAAGCUCCACCGUCUUCUUCCCCUUCCGCGACGGCGAAACCACCCCAGUCUACUCCAAAACCCUAGAAAUUCCAUUCCUGUGAACCUCCCCCCCCCCCCCCCCCCCCUCUCCCGUUUGACCUUCGAUUGGCCUUCUCUUUGCGCCAAAAGAUACCUGCACCCCGCCAUGGACCUCCAGAGAGCUAUGUUGGAUGAGCUCAUGGGCGCAGAUCGUAAUUUGACGGAGGACGAGAGGAAGGAUUACAAGGAAAUUACAUGGGAUUCUAAGGAGGUUUGCCCGUAUUACAUGGCGCGAUUCUGUCCUCAUGACCUCUUUGUCAACACCAAGAGCGAUCUCGGGCCAUGUGAGAGAGUCCACGAUCCCAAGCUUAAGGAAAGCUUUGAGAAGUCUCCUAGGCAUGACAAGUUCUUGCUCAAAUUUGAGUCCGAGCUCGCUCAGCGGUGUGAUAAAUUGGUGAUGGAUUUGGACAGAAGAGUUAGACGUGGGCGUGAGCGUAUUGCUCAAGGUGAAGAACCUGUGCCACCUCCCCCACUAUCAGCUGAGAAGUCUGAACAAUUAGCUGUCAUUGAAGAGAAGAUAAAGAACUUGCUGGGGCAAGUGGAGUCCCUUGGUGAAGCUGGGAAAGUUGAUGAAGCUCAAGCCCUUAUGAAAAAGGUAGACGAACUGAAUGCUGAGAAAAUACUGAUUCAAGCUCAGGGUGACAAGUUACCUCUGGUCCUUCCGGAGAAAAAAAUGUCCUUGUGUGAGACCUGUGGAUCUUUUCUCGUUGCAAAUGAUGCUGCAGAGAGGACACAGUCUCAUGUAACCGGGAAGCAACAUCUGGGCUAUGGCUUAGUUCGUGAUUUCAUCAGUGAGUACAAGGAAGCUAGGGAAAAGGCGAAGGAAGAGGAACGAUUAGCAAGGGAGAAAGAAACUGAAGAACGAAGGAAGCAAUCAGAGAAGGAUCCUGACAGGAGUCGAAGGAGUGUAUCAGGUGAAAGGGAUCGUUAUCAGGACCGAGACAGGGAUAGGGAGCGGGACAGAUACCGUGACAAUGAAAGGUCGAGGGAAAGGAAUGGUAGACAUCGGGAUGGUGGAAAGGGUUCCAGGAAUGGAAGGGAUAGGUACUAUGAUCGAAGUCGGUCACGGUCCCCUGGGAGGCACAGUAAUAGAAGGAGGUCCUCAAGAAGUCCUGUUCGCCCUUAUUAGUGGUUUCGGUAGAUGGAUGUCUGAGCUUUUAUAUAUCCCAUGAGGUAGACAAAUUCAAUCUCAAAGUCUUCUGAGCAAGUGCUUUUGGAGUCCUAAAGCUAAAUCAUCAUCUUGGAUGCCAAAAUUUUCUCUUUCUAUCUCACAGCUUUGAUGAGACUGUACCCCACUUUCAUCAGUACUCUUAAGAGGAGAGAUUGGUUGAGGUAGGUAUAACUUGAAAUUUGUGCAACUCGUGUGUUUACUUGAAGCUUGGAUGAACUUUAUGCUAUAUGGGAACAUCGAUGUUAGAGGUAUUCUCCUUCCUUUCUCUUUACUGGGUCAUUUGAUGACAGAUCUGUUUCGAUUCUGAUGGAUUUGAGGAGAACUCGCGAUAUUAUGUUACAGAAUGCCAGUGCUGCUAUGCCAUCAUGAUAUAUUUUAUAUAUGUCUUAGCUGAAAGGUAACAUAUUAAUGUCACCAUUCGUUCACGACCGUGACAGCGAAUUUUCUUGGUACACAUAUCAUGGAUUUGUGUGUCAACUCAACUAGUGUGGAGGUAACAUAAUUCCGAACUGCUAGUUCAUUUCCAGAAAUCUCAAAUGCCCCUUGUUAAUGCAAGUCUAAAGUCAUUUCGCAGCAAGUUAAUGAUCACAUAUUAGUGACUGUUAAGCCUGGUUAAACAUAGGUUUUCUGGAUGAUAAUAGGUGUAAAAUGGCUUCUUGCCAUUUGCUUGUUUCAACACCACAAGAAUCUCAAUGGCUUAAGGUCCAAGAGUGAGCUGGUUAUGGGGUAACUACUUUCUCUUAGUUGGGUUAAGUUUCAUUUCAACCUUUUAUAGCUCUGCCUUGGAACAACUGUUAAUCUAUGGUAUUGGUUUCAACAUCCUUGGAAAUCUACUUCGGUGGUACCAAAAGGUUAAAUCAGCUUACGGACUAGCACCGGUGUGGAAUUGUGAGAGGUAAAACUUCAAUGCACCCAUGAUAUGUCUGCAGAAUGGCUGUAUUUGUAUUCUAGCUUGCAGGAAAGUUAAGUGUUUGGGUGAAAAGCGUGAUGAAAGAGUUGCUGAUGGUUGGUUACAAGGCGUUGCCUCUAUCUCAUGCCAAAUAACCAAGGUGGUAAUUGGAAGAUGACUAUGGCUGAUUGAUCCUAACUUCUGUAGCAUAAAUGUGAUUUCAGAACCCUAAUAAAUUCGGUUGUUUGUUUUGGCCAUCAAUACAAUGUUUUUGUGAAUGCCCAUUUUUGCUAUGGCUGUGCUGCAACAUGAACACGGUCAAUGGAUUCUUGAUGUGUGUCAACGAUGCAUGGAAUGGUGAAAGUUGCAUUAGAAAGAAUAAGAAAAAAGAACACGAGUCUGAAAGUCGCACAAGAGGUGCAGACUCCCAACCCCAAAGGUCCAAAAAGCAACAACAGAACAAUCCCAGGGGAAGCAGCCCCCAACCAACAAAACAAAAAAAGGAAAGGGAAAGUAACAGCGAGCCGCAAGAGAAACAAAGAAAGGUCACCAGAACAUCC